AUGGGCAAGGCCUACCGCCCGAAAAGCGCCACACAACGCCAAGGAGCCAAUGCUCGCGAAAAAUUUCGGAAUAUCGACAUUAACAGCGCUUAUGAGACGUUGAUUAGCAAAAUCCAACCGGCCCUCAACGCCACCCAACUCAAUGAGCUCCCCAAGGUGAAGCGCCUCCAGCUGGCCAUCCACUAUAUUAAGUACCUGGAGGGCGUGCUCGGCCAGGAGCACGAGUAUAAGGAGAAUCCGCAGAACCUGCUGCAGCAAUUCCAAGACCAAGCUCUCGAAGUGAUUCGGUACCCUUCCGCUCAAUCCGUCAACUGCGGUUAUCCCGCCGGAAUGCUCCCAUCAUUCUCGUUUACUUCUGAAGAUUGGAAUCAGAUUUCGCCCGUCUACCCGGAAUAUCAAUCGCCAAACGGAUAUUCGAGCCAA